UCCGCGACACUUUCGGCGGGCUGAGCUCUCAGGUCUCUUUUCCAGACUGGUGGAGUGCCGAGUGCCAUGGCCACUGCCGGGGUGGCCGCGGGACGACAGGCCGAUGAUGCUUUACCGCCGCCGACCGAGCCUCCGCUGUCCGAGACGAAGCCGCUGCAGCCUCCGCAGCCACCGCCUCCGAUCGCCGCAUCUCACCCACAGCAGUCGCCCGCUCCGAGGCCGCAGUCACCGGCUGGCGUAAAGGAGGAGGAGAACUACUCCUUCUUACCUUUAGUUCACAACAUCAUCAAAUGCAUGGACAAGGACAGCCCAGACAUCCACCAGGACCUGAAUGCCCUCAAAACUAAGUUCCAGGAGAUGCGCAAAGUCAUCAGCACCAUGCCCGGCAUCCACUUGAGCCCUGAACAGCAGCAGCAACAGCUGCACAGCCUCCGAGAGCAAGUCAGGACCAAGAAUGAACUUCUGCAAAAGUACAAGAGCCUCUGCAUGUUUGAGAUCCCCAAGGAGUAGAGUGAGGCUGGCUUCCAGGAGUGCCUGAGAAAGACACAGGAGAGCCAAUGGCCUUAUUCUCUCCCCACCACACUGAGUGUGACUCUCUGAACUCCCAACUCUAAACUUUGUGGUUGAGUGGGGCUGUUGUACUGCUUCCUUAGUUGAACUUGGCAUUGACUGUGCAAGGAGCCAGCAUUCGAACUUGGCAUGCUUCAUUGGUGCUUCCUUGUAUGUAUCCAUAUGUCUAGAUGCAUAAUAACUUGAGUGCCUGCUGGUGGAAGUGAGAAUGUUCCUGAAGGCUGGGGAGGGGGGGGAGCACUCUACCCCUACCUCUGGGGAGGGGGCCAUCUGCUGUGUAUUCAGGCUCCGCUGACAGCUCUGAAGAGCACAGUAGGAAAGGAGGCGGCUCCCCUUUGCUUCCUGCCUGCUCUCCCCUCCCUCCCCCUGGGUAUGAUCAGUGUGUACCAGGUACAUAUUGUUCCUGUUAACAGCAGUGUCAUGAAACAUUUGCAUAGAAUUCACUGGAUAAAUUAGGCCUGCAUUCAUAUGGCGUGGAUUUAAAAUGGUAAAAGAAAAGGCCUUGAGAGAAUAAACGUGGUAUUGAUAACUACAGGGUGGUGGAGGCCCCCUUCUCCCCCACACACUUUAAUUCCUUUUAUGUUUGAGUCAGUGAAUGUAACUAUGUCUGUGGGGGUGUCAGCUUGAUGCCCUGCCAGGGAGGGGGUGGCCUCUCUCCAGGUUCUCCGCCACCUACAUGUACUUGUUACUUUUAGCUCUUGCUCCUUGUCUCCUGUCACUUUCAGUCAGCUCGUUUAGCCAUUUAAUGCCUGAGGAUGACCAAACCGCAAAGACCCCAUAAUGCUCCCCCCUGGUGCUGAGGGUAAGCUCAGACAAGUUUCCAAAAAAGCAGACUUUGCUGCUUCUGACAUUUCAGACUGUUACCCUGGUUUGAAAAAUAAUCCCUGGCCUCCCCGGUGGCCAGCGCGUAGACUGCUGCACUGUGAGGCUAACCGCAGCCUCUGCAGCACGGGUUCGUUUCCCGGCCGGCCACAGAGAAACCCACAUGGCACAGCAGACCUCUCCUGUCUCGCCCGCUGCUCCCCUCAGCAGUGUGUUUCAGUCAGUCUGCCUGUUCUGUUCCCUAGUCUGUUUCUGGUGGAUCCUCUCUGGUCCUAAGUAUGAAGGAAAAACAUAUUCUACCUUACUCUCCAUGUAUUUCAUUGUUUGGGAUAUUGGUACAGAUUCAUGCAACUGGUCUUUUCACACAUUUACAGUCUUGAUGAGUGGGAAAGUGAAGUAGUCAGAAGUUUGCAAAUACUUCACACUACUAAAAUAACCCUCCCAUGCCUCUGACCUGUACCCCAGUUCCUGUAUAAAUAAAUCUUAAAAAAAAUAAAUAAAAAUAAAAAAUAAUCCUUGCUCUGCCCUUCUCAUCGGAGCCUCCUGUGAGCAUUGACUAGCUCUGCAGCAGAGGGGUUCAUGGUGCGCCUUUUGUUCAGAGAAAGAAAGCUCUAAGUGACAGUUGUGACCAUCCCUUGGCCAGGUACGACAGGUGAGUCAGUUGUGUAGAGGCAGGAUGAGCUACACCUGGACAUUAUACAGCCAAAUUCUGUUUAUAAAUGUUUGUAAACACCCCCAUUUCUUCCAGGUGAAGUGUUUUAUUUAUGUGCUCUGCCUUUGACUAUCAGGCUGAGGGAAGAGCAGCUCUCCACCUUGCCUCUUAAGGAUGAGGUGAGAAGUAACUGAAUAUUGUUGAGAUCUAGAAAUGAGCACAUAAUCUGUGCUCACCAGUUCAGGGGCUUAACAGAUGCCUGCCAACUGGCCUCGUUGGCAGGAAUAUUGGUUGAGGGUGUUUUUAGCUGGGGUUCUGUUCCUGUCUACCUGCAGCUACCUGUCAGAAGAUGCAGGUUGGAGCUCAGGGACGUGUGAAGGGGGAUAUCAGGUGUCAGUGUCUUUGGCAGAGAAGGCUGAAUUUUAGUAGGUUGUUAGCUACUAGGCCAGUUCUCCCUUGGGACUAUUAUUUAGCUGAAUUGUUUAUUUUCUUGAAAUUUCUAGCAUAGUGUGAGGGCCAGUUUUAAGGCUCUGAGAGUACAUAGAAAUAGAAGACCACGGGGUCUUUAUGAAAGGCUGAAACGGGGCAGAGAGAGGGAAACUUUCCUAUAGUCCAGUGUCU